AUGGAUAUCAUUCUAAUACGAGUGUGCCAGGAAACCGAGUAUUUCAGCGAGAUGAAAUGCUUGAAAACGGGAAGCAGUAUUAUGGAUCGGAAGAGCAAGCUAUUCAAAUGCUCUCCGUACUUGGACGUAGUGAGCAUACUGCUCGUCAAGGGAAGAAUCGACCUAAUAGGAGUCGAAGUAAACCUAAAGCGACCCAUAAUCCUACCAAGAAGACAUCGAUUUACAUUUCUGCUGGUUGAGUCGUGUCAUCGCCGGUACCAUCAUCUGUACGACGAGAUCGUGGUCAAUGAACUACGGCAAAAGUUCCUGAUAUUUGGUCUGAGAGCCUUGGUGAGAGAGGUUUCUCAAACUCAUCCAGCAUGGAUGAGGCGCGCGCGUCCUAGGCCUCCAGAAAUGGGAAGUCUACCGCGCGAGCGUUUGGCGCACCACAUGGCGCCGUUCACCUAUACAGGAGUGGAUUACUUUGGGCCCAUCGACAUCAUCGUUGGACGACGGCACGAGAAGCGCUGGGGUGUUCUGUUCACAUGCCUCACAAUUCGUGCCGUACACCUGGAUAUCGCAACGUCACUGUCAACCGACUCUUUUCUUUGUAUUCUAAAGGCAUUUAUAGCGAGACGUGGUUGCACGCGACGAAUGAUGUUCGAUAAUGGAACUAACUUCCGAGGUGCGAAUAGAGUGUUAAAAGAUGAAGUGGAGCGUAUAUUGACCAGGGAUGUGGAGACCAAAUACCCAGAAAUGGAGUUCAUGUUCAUUCCGCCAGGCUCACCGCACAUGGGCGGUGCAUGGGAAAGAUUGGUAAGCUCAACAAAGUCCAUUCUAACGGAGAUCUUGCCGCACAUAUGUACAUAUGUACCACUGGAUUCGGCAGACUCAGAAGCGCUUACACCGAAUCAUUUCCUCUUGGGCCACUCUAGUGGAAUUCGUGAACGAGACAGCGAAAUCCAUAACGGUGACAAGCUUGCCAAAGGAUUCAGAAUUUCGAGCCAGUUAGCCGAUCAGUUCUGGAAAAGAUGGAUUCGAGAAUAUCUGCCAACGCUUACGCGCCGUACCAAAUGGUUCCAACCGCCGCCAGAUUCGAUCGCCGUGAAUGACAUUGUUGUUAUCGCAGAUGAGAAUGGCAAACGAAACAGCUGGCCCAAAGGAGUUGUGGUAGAUGUUCACCGAUCGAGAGACGGUCAGGUACGGAGUGCCGUAGUGCGCACUCCAGAAGGUAUUGUGACUCGCCGCGCCGUAAAGCUAGCCAAAUUAGAUUUGAAAAUUGGUAAUACACAACGCGAAUGCUAG